GGUGUCUUGCUCAAGGACACGUUAGCAGCAGGGCGGAUGCUGACCGGCACCAAGGUCUUGAACCCUGAUCUUAUUGGCACCCUACUGGCUCUCUGGGCCGUCUAAUACGUCAUUUUGAACCCAAAACGCCUCAGAUUUACUGGGGGAAGUUCUUGAACGGCGCAGCAGAAGACGUGGGACCACAAGAGCCCUGUCAUUGCUCUCCGGUGACAAGUGGGCCUGUUUUUACACCUUCCUUCUAAAUAAGGAAGCGGCCUGACAGACAUAUGACCACCGACCCAAUUUGGGAGCAGGCCGAGUGCCCCAUCUUGUCCCACGGCCGCUGAACUUCACCAAUAAGCUUUCUCCCCUUUUCAGUCCAGCAGUGACAGCAGUCUAUUCCCCUCAACUCUCCACGCACUUGGUCUUUUUUCCUCCUGUCAGCGCCUUCUUUACCCUUGUAUUGUCCCAGCGGUGAAGACAGCAUGAUAUCAUGUAGGGAUGCGAUAGCCCUGGCGAGGUGGAGGAAACAGGAUUUUUGUUAAGUGCAAGGGCAUUUAUUCCUAAAUCUUAUACCGGGAGGGACACAGAGAGGGGCAGAGAGAGAAAAAGAGAGAGAGGGAGAGAGAGAGAGAGAGAGAGGCGCGGAGGAGCUGCAAAACAUGGUAAUCACCAGCACCAACCUCGCCAUCACCAUCACCAUCACCUCCAGCUCUGCCGCGCGGUCUCCCGUCUCCUCUCCUCCUCUGCACCGGGGCUUGCGUUUCAUGCCCAAAGCCCUGAUCUGCGCUCCAAAAAUAACCCUCAGCCAGCAUGCCGAAGGAAGCACAACAAGACCAGGGGUAUUUUUAGGGUCAUUAAUUUCGACCACGUGGCCCGAAGGUAAACCGGAUGGCCGUUGCGCAAAGGCUCCUCGUCAGUAUGUCCUGCGAGGCCGGCACGCCGCACUGGACGCUGAUCGCUGCGCUUCUCCUGGGCUUUCUGCUGGGGAUCGUGUCAGCGUACCCUUUACCGAGCGGCAGGACGAAUGCAACUUUACUGGAGAAACGAUGGGAGACCUUGUUCUCCCGCUCUAUGCUGGGAAUCUCCGGGGAGAAACCGGAGCUGAACUGGGAGAGUGACUAUCUGCUGGGCAUCAAAAGAGUGCGGAGGCUCUACUGCAACGUGGGCAUCGGGUUUCACCUUCAGGUCCUCCCUGACGGCAGGAUAAACGGUGCACAUAAUGAAAACCAGUACAGUCUAAUAGAGAUCUCCACGGUGGACAGAGGAGUGGUGAGCCUGUAUGGGGUGAAGAGUGAGUUGUUUGUCGCAAUGAACAGCCGUGGAAGGUUAUACGGAACGACAGUCUUCCAUGACGAGUGCAAGUUCAAAGAGAGCAUGCUCCAGAACAACUAUAACGCCUACGAGUCUCUGGUCUACAGACGCUUCUACAUAGCACUCAGCAAGCAUGGCCGUGUGAAGAGGGGCAACAAGGCCACCACUGCCAUGACUGUGACGCACUUCCUACCCCGAAUAUGAUGAGCAAAAACUGGCAAUAACAAACUUAUUUGCACAUGUGGAUUAUUUCCCAGGUAACAUAAAUACUGUAUACCUACAUACAAACACAAAAGACAACAUGGACUGUAAAAGAAAGAAAUACAACUAUAUCUGAUAGUAUUUAUUCAAACUUUAUAUGUAUAUUUGGGUAGCUUCCUUUAUAUUAGAAAUUGUGGAAAUGCCAUUCUUUGCUGCUUUUAUGAUUUUUUCGUUUUGUGAAAUGAAGGGGAUGGAGAGACGUCGUUUAAUCCCCUCAUUUUAUAUGGGUGCUUGCUGGAAUUGAUUGAGUCCUUGUCCUAUGACAGUUCAUCCUUUUUGGAAAUGAAAUGGAUACAUUAUUACCUCAAAGCACCAUAUCCUGAGAAAAAGAGGAUGAAGAAAAAGAGAAAUGUGUGCAUGAAAUUUCUACAGAGAGGAAUGCCUGUUUACUGAAAGAGUUUCCGUUGUCAUCCAUCAAGGACUUGAGCACUUCCCAUCCUCUAUUUUUGUGAUUGUCUCUGUCACUGUCAGGGCACCUAGAGUACUUGCAAACAUGGCAUGUUUUUUUUUUUCUUGCUUCGUCAUGAGGUGGCGGUGCCUUGAAUUCCUAUUUGCGGCCCCCUCACCCUUGCAUGCGAAAAAUGUGGUGCUCAAGUCAGAAAUAGGAAUGAAACGCAAGUCAUCACUCCCUUAAAACACAGAGAGUCUCUGGCCUAAUUCCUAGAGGGCCAGAGUUUCUUCACUUUAUUUUCUUUCCAUAAUUAGAUCAAUUAGGUAAUUGAGACUCUAUGCUGCACAGGAGCCAGUGGAGCCUCUUGUUAAUAUGGAAAGCUAGAUUUAGAGCCCCCCCACCCCUUCAUGCUUCCAUCAUGUACAAGGGAGCUUUGACAAUCCCAGGUUUUACUUUCACAAAUUUCGUAGCCGGAUCUGAGACCAGAUUGAGUGUAUGAGUGUAGAGUUUAUAUGUGGGCAUGCAUUUUAUUUCAAGUAUGUAUGUGGAAGUGCUCGGUUUAAGAGCUGCUCAAUUUGAACGUUUUUUUUCUUACAUUGUGUGAGGUCAAUGUGUGUUUUGUGACAAAAAAUCAUAGACGUCACCUGACACUAGGAGACAACAAGUCCUACAUUUCGAUCCGCUGUGUAUUUCCCUCAAGUUGAAAUUGAGUUGGUGAAAUCUGUUGCAUCUCCUUUGUAGCCUUGAUAUUUUAGUAAUUUUUUUGAUUUGUCUUGUCGACUUUAUAGCAAAAGUGACAACGGGAGCUGUUUGACUUUCGCACUGGUUCAAUGUUUUAGCACUUAAAAGUAACGCGAUCAAGCAGAUAUGAGUGAUGUUGCAGUGGAUGUCGCUGUGUUGUCUAUUCACUGUAAAUAAGAUGGUCUGCUGCUUUUAAUGAAACAGUGCAGAUUUGGUUUAGAGAGAACUGGAACUACUUCAGAGUUUAUGACCCUGUAACAUGUGAACAAUACUUGAGAUAACUCAGUCUGCCCGACAUUUAGAUGAUGCACAUUGUUGAGCCCAGAUUUUGCAGCCUGAGUCAAUGUAUGGCUCCUUGUGAAAAAUCUUUAUGUGGCACUGGUUGUUUGUGUAACUUGGUGGGGAUGUGAAUAAUGUGGGGUAAAAUACCAGAGCAUCAGUGGAUGUCAGAGUGGACGGUCAGCACAGGGCCUUGGGAUUCUUGUCCCUUUCAUCUGAGCCAUUUUUGUACCAGGGUCAAAGAUAUGAGCUUUCUGUUCUUUGUGUUACUCAUGGGGCAUGUUGUCUGCUCCAUCUCAACCAUCUUCUGUUGUUUUAAGGAGCUCUGCACCUGUCCGGCUAUUUAUUGCUUAACCCAUACAAGGCUGUCUUGUAAUGUGCAAUGACGAUGCGAAGGAUUCUGCAUCUUUUUCUGAGCAAAGUCAAUUUAAUGUUGAAAUGAGCCCCCUUUUUAAUGAUUUUGAAUUCAGUUAUUAUAUUUGGGCACUUGACUUGCAAUAUUCUGUAAGUAGCAAACUGCCAGUCGGGCCGGUUUGGUGAAAUAUGAUUAAAGGAAAGCAAGGCUGUUAUUUGAUCAUAUUUUACCCCAUGCCCUUUUAAAGAUUACUGUAAUGCACUGACUGAAUGUCUGUGGGCAAAGGUUUAUGUGCCAUUUUAAGCUCCAGCUUGUGUCUAGUAGCAAAGACAAAUGUGCGCUAUCUGGUGAGAACGAGUAUAUUUGUAAACGAGUGUGUGUGUGUGUGUUUGUGUGUGUGUGUGUGUUUGUGUGUGUGUGUGUGUGUGUGUGUGUUUGUCUGUGCAAGUGAGCGGGCUUCUGUCAUGUUCUGUUUCUGCCAAAGUGACAGUAGAGAUGGUAUCAGAUCAAUUUACCUUGAGUCAGGAAUGAAAGGGCAUUGUCUGACUGUGCGAGCUGAUGUACUGUACUCUCCUCUCAGCGGAGGAUAAAGGCGAGAGGGACGGGCAAAGGCGACACAGAGUAGGCCUGCUCGAUUAUGGAAAAAAUCACCAAUACUGAAAUUACCCUUAACACGAUUAACCCUUGACUUUUGGAAAUUUGCUGCAAUUGUUGAACUUAAAGGUCCAAUCUGUGGGAAUUUCUCCCAUUUAGCGUUGAGAUCACAUAUCGCCAUCAACUCUCUCGCGCCACGCAGUUCAAAGUAUGUAAUGCAGCUACGGUAGCAUUCAUGCUUCAA